GCCGCCUGCGGCUCGGCGCGGCGCGGCGCUCCUGCCCGGCGGGCGCUGCAUUCUCCGAGUCUCCACCAGAGGCUGCGGGAGGAAGGAAGGGAUCCGUCCCUUGCACACUUCCCCCCUAGUCAGACACGCACACUCCCUCGCUCUCUCGCUCCUCCACACACGCGCGCACUCGCCGCCGCGGCUCCCCCUCUCGCUCCCGCUCUCCCUCGGCUCCUCCGAGCGGACGCCGGAGCCGGACCUGGCCGGGAUCCUGCCGCUUGCUGGCGUCCCAAGGCGCGGACCAGGGUGCAGCCCGGCAGCUCCCCGAGGUUCCCUAUGGAUCUAGAUGACCCCUAGUCCCAGAAGGACUCCAAGAUCCUUUUGCCUCCGCUGACCACACUGUCUGGGCGCAGGAACCAUGGAACAAGCCCUAUUCAGGAACAACUGCCGGGCUGCCUGGUGACUGGACCUAGGGCUUCAGCGAGGGGGGCGCGGGCCAGGACCGGGUGUCCAUGCCCGGGUGCGGCCGCGCCCCCUCCCAGUCCAGCCCGGCAUCCCCGAGGCUGAGGUCACCAUGUGACGCAGCACCGUUGCGGUGCCUCUGGUCCAUGCUCCGGGGCUUGGCCCGCGCCAUCAAGCAUGAGGCCACGGCCGGAAGGGGCGCUCCGGGCGGGGGCUGCGCUGUCGCCUGUGCUGCUGCUUCUGCUACUGCUACCGCUGCUGGGGCACCUGUGGGCCGCAAGCACACCUGCCCCAUCCUCCUUGUCACCUGGGACUCAGGAGGAGAACCAGCUGGGUGCAGGCCGAGUGAAGCGCGGUUGGGUGUGGAACCAGUUCUUCGUGGUGGAGGAGUACACGGGGACAGAACCCCUGUACGUGGGCAAGAUCCACUCGGAUUCUGACGAAGGCGACGGGACCAUCAAGUACACCAUCUCGGGCGAGGGUGCAGGGACCAUCUUCCUGAUUGACGAGUUGACAGGUGACAUCCAUGCCACGGAGCGCCUGGACCGAGAGCAGAAAACCUUCUACACGCUCCGGGCCCAAGCCAGGGAUCGAGCCACCAACCGUCUGCUGGAGCCCGAGUCAGAGUUCAUCAUCAAAGUGCAGGACAUCAACGACAGUGAACCACGCUUUCUCCACGGCCCCUACAUUGGCAGUGUGGCCGAGCUGUCACCUACAGGCACGUCGGUGAUGCAGGUGAUGGCCUCUGAUGCAGACGACCCCACUUACGGCAGCAGUGCCCGGCUGGUGUACAGUGUGCUGGAUGGCGAGCACCACUUCACAGUGGAUCCCAAGACAGGUGUGAUCCGGACAGCCGUGCCUGACCUCGACCGUGAGAGCCAGGAACGCUACGAAGUGGUUAUCCAAGCCACAGACAUGGCAGGCCAGCUGGGUGGCCUCUCAGGAUCCACUACGGUCACCAUCGUGGUUACUGAUGUCAACGACAACCCACCCCGCUUCCCACAAAAGAUGUACCAGUUCAGCAUACAGGAGUCAGCGCCCAUCGGCACGGCCGUGGGCCGAGUGAAGGCUGAGGACUCAGAUGUGGGCGAGAACACGGACAUGACCUAUCACCUGAGAGAAGAGAGCGGCAGCGGGGGAGACGCGUUCAAGGUCACCACGGACAGCGACACUCAGGAAGCCAUCAUAGUGGUGCAGAAGCACCUGGACUUCGAGUCGCAGCAGGUCCACACAGUGGUGCUGGAAGCCCUCAACAAGUUUGUGGACCCCCGCUUCGCCGACCUGGGCACUUUCCGAGACCAGGCAAUCGUGCGCGUGGCCGUGACCGAUGUGGAUGAACCCCCCGAGUUCCGGCCACCCUCCGGCCUACUGGAGGUGCAGGAGGACGCGCAGGUGGGCUCCCUGGUCGGCGUGGUGACGGCGCGGGACCCCGACGCCGCCAACCGGCCCGUCCGGUACGCCAUUGACCGGGACUCGGAUUUGGAGCAGAUCUUCGACAUUGAUGCGGACACUGGCGCCAUCGUGACUGGCAAGGGACUGGACCGUGAAACCGCUGGCUGGCACAACAUUACCGUGCUGGCCAUGGAAGCAGGCAAUCAUGCUCAGCUCUCCCGGGCAUCCCUACGGAUCCGGAUCCUGGAUGUGAACGACAAUCCCCCGGAGCUCGCUACACCCUACGAGGCAGCUGUGUGUGAAGACGCCAAGCCAGGCCAGCUCAUCCAAACCAUCAGCGUGGUGGACAGAGAUGAACCCCAGGGUGGCCACCGCUUCUAUUUCCGUCUGGUACCAGAAGCACCUAGCAACCCUCAUUUCUCUCUGCUGGACAUCGAAGAUAACACAGCCGCGGUGCACACGCAGCACGUGGGCUUCAACCGGCAAGAGCAGGAUGUGUUCCUCCUGCCCAUCCUUGUUGUGGACAGCGGGCCACCCACCCUGAGCAGCACGGGCACCCUCACCAUCCGCAUCUGCGGCUGUGACAGCUCCGGUACCAUCCAGUCCUGCAACACCACCGCCUUUGUCAUGGCUGCCUCCCUCAGCCCCGGCGCGCUCAUCGCUCUCUUGGUUUGUGUCCUCAUCCUGGUCGUGCUGGCUCUGCUGAUCCUCACUCUCAGGCGGCACCACAAGAGCCACCUGAGCUCCGACGUAGAUGAAGACAUGCGGGACAAUGUGAUCAAAUACAACGACGAGGGCGGCGGCGAGCAGGACACCGAGGCCUAUGACAUGUCAGCGCUGCGGAGCCUCUACGAUUUUGGGGAGCUCAAGGGUGGCGACCCUGGCGGGGGUGCGGCCAGUCCGCCGCAGGCUGCUUCCUCUUCUGAGCGCCACUCACUGCCUCGGGGGCCGUCGAGCCCCGAGCCGGACUUCUCGGUGUUCAGGGACUUCAUCAGCCGCAAGGUGGCGCUGGCGGACGCAGACCUAUCGGUGCCUCCCUACGACGCCUUUCAGACCUACGCGUUCGAGGGCGCGGGCUCGCCGGCCGCCUCGCUCAGCUCGCUGCACAGCGGCUCGACCGGCUCGGAGCAGGACUUCGCCUUUCUCCGCGCCUGGGGCCCGCGCUUCCGACCGUUGGCCGCUCUCUACGCCGGCCACCGCGGGGACGACGAGGCCCCGGCCUCCUAGCCCCAGCCUGCCCAGUCCAGCAGCUCAGCCCGACAGGAGGGGCUCUGCAGGGUCCCCGCUCCGCGACACGUUCCCAGGGGUGUAUCUUGCGGAAGACUCAGGGGGCAGCAGUGAUGACCGAUGUCAGGAGAAAGAAGGGGAACCCGGCUCUGGGAAAGGACAAUGGGAGGGGAAAGCAGAGGAGGGUGCUGCUGCCAUCCCCACCCUAAGGCUUUCUGGCAUCCAAUUAAAGAUGAAGGAAGGGCUGGUCAUUUGCUAAGCACCUACUGUGUGCUGAGAGCUACCUGGAAUUGUUGGAAAAACUAUGAGGUGGAGUCUGAAGGUGUCAGAUGGGGAAGCUCCCCAGAGAAGUGGAUGUGACUUGCUCAGGGACACCCAGGCAGCAAGUGGUGGAGCCUCUGGCACUGACCGGCUUUCUGGCCUUGGGCACGUCAUGUCAUUUCUCUGGGCCUCAGUUUCCUCAUCUGUCAAAUGAGGUUAUUAACAGCACCUACCUCGAAGAUUUGAGAGGAUCAAAAGGGUUCAUGUGUCAAGUUGUUGGGCGGUGCCUGGCACAGAGUAGGUGUUCAAUAAAUGCUCGCCU